AUGGCGACGCAGCAGGAUGUGCUGGAGAUUGUGACCGACUUUAUGUUGAACGCGCCGCCGGGCGAGUUCUUGGACGUGGUGCACGACAUUCGCGGCCUGCUGGCCGAUGAAACGAUUCUCAACUCGACCGCCCUCCCCACCUUCCGCGAAUACAACACCGACCAGAUGAUCCAGGUCGCCCUUCCCGUACCCGACGGGGCGGAGGGGGAACAGUACCAGGUGCUGAUCGCGAAGGAGGGAGAGCUGGCGGAGAACGAGUAUGUCGACCACCGCGGCAACCAGGUCCUCAUCUUCGACCACUUCCGGCAGCAGGUCGUGGGCCAGAGACCCAUUCGACCCGAGGAAAUCAAUCAGAACGCGGAGCCGAUGCGUGCGGCGCUGGAGUAUAGCCUGGAGGAGUACGUGGCGCAGCACUACCCGACCGGCACGGGCGCGGUCUACUGCCCGCCCAAGGCGGGGUCGGGGGACCAGGCCACGUACGUGCUCUGCAUCUCCUCCGGCGCCUUCCAGCCCCACAACUACUGGAACGGCCGCUGGCGCUCUCGCUGGGAGCUGGUGUACCCGACGGCCGAUGGAACGCUGCAGCUCACCGGCAGCGUCAGGCUGCACGUCCACUACUACGAAGGCGGCAACGUGCAAAUGAGGGGCGAGUGUCCGCUUCAGGCGACGGUCGCGGUGCCCACCGAGCCGCAGACGUGGGAGGAGGUCACCGCUCCCAUCGUCAAGGCCAUCGAGAAGGCCGAGGCCGACUUCCAGAAAAACCUGAACGAAAGCUACGAGACGAUGGGCGACACCACCUUUAAGGCGCUCAGGAGGAUCCUCCCCAUCACCCGCUCCAAGAUCGACUGGACCAAGCUGCAGAACUACAAGAUGGGCAACGACAUCACUGAGUACACUAUGGACUGA